AAGCAGAAGAAGAGAACCCUAAAGAAGAAGAAGAAGCCUCCCUGCUCCAGAGGAAAACAACAAAGUCCCCCGCCGGUGGGACACUUGUUAUCAUGGCUGUGUUGUGGUGUGAAGUGUGACAGCUAACGCCAAGAUGAUGAACGACAUCAUAGAGGAACCGGAGAAGGACACGCUGCUUGAAGCGCAGCCGGAGCCACAAGUUUUGUCGGGGCCCAGCAGUGGCACAAGACCUAAGACUACUGAUGGAGGCAUCAGGCCUGUGGAGAAAAGAGGACCUUACAUCAUGUCCAGAGCUCCAGCCAUCCACCUCAAACUACAGAAACACAGGGAGAUGGCGAGAAAAGCACUGAAGAAGAAAGCCCUCUCACCAGGACCUCCAGUGAUGCAUCAGCCCAGACAAGGAGCCAAGAGGACAGUGAAGUACAACAAGGGCUACGCUGCUUUGAGUCAGCAUGCUGAGGACACUUUGGUUGCACUGGACUCAGACAGUGAUGAAGAGAUUGAUUUUGAGCAGUACUCCUCAGGAUACUCUUCAGCUGAGGUCCAUCCCGAUUUAAGCAGGCAGCUGCUUCAGGACGGCUACCGUCUGGAUGAGAUCCCUGAUGACGAGGACCUGGACCUGAUUCCGCCCAAAGCCAUGGGCUCCUCUGUGUGCUGCUGCUCUGAGGGCCCGUCUUGCUCCAUGCAGUGAUGCUGGUGCCGUGACUCAAACCUUACAAAGGCUUGGCUCCAGUUUUAGUCGCUGACUUUUGUCACUGGUGCCUGAGGCCGUCUUUUUAACCCAGCUCCACCGCUGCGCUGCCUGAAGACUUCCAACCCCGAAGCCAAACUCCUGUUCAUGCAGGACUGCAUGCACCGACAUCGCUCACCCCACAAGACAACGCGGAUGGACGUAAGAACAAGCCUUAUCCACUGUGACCCCAAAGCUUGACUAUUUUUUUAUUUUUCUUUUUAUAGAACUACAGGAAGUACUAACUAUGCCACUGCUUCAAAUUGAGUGGGAAAGUAAUUCAUCAUUUGGGAUAUGUCCAUGUUGACCCAGUGGAGAGCUGGUUACUGUCUGGUGAACAGGUCUGCAGGCCUCUAAGCACGACAUGCAUACAAGUAUGGUGUAUUGUGUUUGAUGUUCCAGUUGAAUUUUUUUUAACUUAUUAAUCAACUGUUAUAUGAAGGCACCUCACUUGACCAUUUACAUUCCUUGACUACUGUUCCAUUAACUGGCUUUGUUUUUUCUUUACUGUAUCUGUCCUCAGAAAUUACAUUUGAGUUUUAUUCCAAAAUGAGAGGGGCACCACUUGGGGAAAAUAUGACAUUAUUAUUAAUAUUAUUUGAACAAAAAUAACGACCUAAAGUUAUGUUUUAAGUAGAAGAAUGACUUAAAUAGGAUGUGCAGUGUUGCCACUUCAGUUCUUUGUGGCUCGUGUGUGAUGAUAAUUAUUUUUUCUGCCUCUGCUGCAAACUCAAAAACCUUAAUACAAGUAUAGAAGAUAAUCCAAGGCUAGGAUUAUUUUCCACUGGUUCCAUAUGUUCUUCUUUGUGUCUGAGAAUACAAAGAACUCAUUACGUCUUAGAAGUCGCCAUUGAGAAAACUGCUACAUACAAAGAGGGACUCACUCAUACAAAGAAUCAUCUUAUCACUGUUAAUAAGAGUAACAUGUACUCUUACCAAAUGUUACACAACUAUACACGGAACAAGCUGUCCACAGAUGAGUUACUGAAGUACUUUGAUGGAACCACUGAUAUUUGUUUAGAUUGGACUUCACAGUCUCUGUGUUGUAUAAAUAAGUUUCCAGAAACCAAUGUCACCUUUUUAACACGCUGCUACAAAAAGAUUGUAGGCAUAAAAACGAAAUAUAUUACAGAUUCCUGUAUAAUUCAUCCUGUCAUCUUAAAAUGUUUGGUUAUGUGGUUAGAUAUGUGUAUGUUUAAAUUCUCUCUUUUUAAAAAAAAUAUGUAUAUGCUUUAGAAAACAAUUUGACACAGAUGGGGAGAAUUUAAAAAUAGGUUACUUUAUUAUUAU